UGCUGUUCCCCGGCGUUACUGGCGUUAGUCAUUUAUUUGGCGUUGUACAACAUCCACAUUUGCAUCGUCGUGAGUUGUUUCCAUACUGGAAAUUCAUUGAAAUGGCACAAAUCGCUCCGAACAUCAAGUUCAACAACGGCAAUGAGGCACCCAUGUUCGGUCUGGGGACGUGGAAGUCGAAGCCUGGGGAAGUGACAGACGCCGUCAAGUACGCAAUAGAGAUUGGCUACCGCCACAUCGACGGUGCCCACGUGUACCAGAAUGAGAAGGAAGUUGGAGAUGCGGUGAAAGCAAAAAUUGAGGAUGGAACAGUCAAACGAGAGGAGCUCUUCAUCGUCAGCAAGCUCUGGUGCACUUAUCACAAUUCCAACAGCGUGGAGAAGGCCCUCAGGAGGACCCUCAGUGACCUGGGCCUGGAGUACUUGGAUCUGUACCUCAUCCACUGGCCAGUUGCUUUCGAGGAGAGUGAGGAUCUCUUCCCCAAGAAUCCCGAUGGAAGUCUCAAAUUAUCGGACACUGAUUACGUGGAGACCUGGAAGGGAAUGGAGGGGGUUCUCCAGAAGGGGCUGACGAAGAACAUUGGAGUCAGUAAUUUUAAUUCGGAGCAGAUUGAGAGGCUGCUGAAGAAUUGCAAGGUCAAACCUGUGACCAACCAGAUCGAAGUCCAUCCGUAUUUGACUCAAAAGAAACUUUCGAAAUUCUGCAAUGAUCGUGGGAUUACUAUCACAGCGUACAGUCCUCUGGGCUCUCCAGACAGACCAUGGGCCAAACCCGAUGAUCCUAAGCUGCUGGACGACAAGAAACUCGUGGAAAUGAGCAAGAAGUACAAUAAAACCCCUGCCCAAGUUGUAAUUCGUUAUCAGAUCGAUCGAGGACACCUCGUCAUUCCCAAGUCAGUCACAAAGGCACGUAUUCUGGAAAAUUCACAAGUUUUCGAUUUCAAGUUGAGUCCUGAAGACAUUGCGUAUAUUGAUUCACUCGACAUCGGUGGACGCAUCUGCCCAAUGUCCGAAGCUACUGCAAGCCCAUACUGGCCCUUCAAGAUCCCCUUCUAAGCAGUAAGGUCUUCUAAGAGUAAUCAUCUUUCAAUUAACAUUUCCCCUUUUGUUAUUUCGCACUCUGUUCACAAAUAAAUGAGCAUAAAAGAUGCAA